UUCUGGAAGAAUGUAGUUUUCAUUCUGAAAGUGAUGGCUCCUCUUGUAAAAGUGCUUAGGCUUGUGGAUAGUGAGAAAAAACCGGCCAUGGGCUACAUAUAUGAGGCAAUGGACAAGGCAAAGGAAACCAUUAUGAAAUCUUUUAAAAAUGAAAGCAAAUACAAGGAUGUGUUUGAAAUCAUUGAUAAAAGAUGGGAUAUUCAGCUUCAUCGCCCUUUACAUGCUGCUGGUCACUUUUUGAACCCAGAGUUCUUUUAUGCCAACCCACAGAUGGAGUUUAAUGGUGAGAUUAUUAGGGGUUUGUAUGAUUGUAUCAAUAAAUUGCUGGGAGAUUUGGAGAUGGAAAAGACUGUUCAUAAGGAGUUGGCUCACUAUAAAGCUGCGAGUGGUAUGUUUGGGUGCACAACUGCCAUAGCAAUGAGGGGUGAAGUUGCACCGGCUCAAUGGUGGCGGAUGUAUGGUUCAGAUACUCCAUAUUUGCAACAACUUGCAAUAAGGAUCCUUAGCUUGACAUGUAGUGCUUCGGGUUGUGAACGUAAUUGGAGCGUCUUUGAGCAAGUUCAUACCAAGAGAAGGAAUAGACUCGAGCAUAAAAGACUACAUGACUUGGUAUUUGUCAAGUAUAAUCAAGCACUCCAUCAAAGGUAUAACCUUAAGGAUGAAAUCGAUCCCAUUAGUCUCAAUGGGAUUGAUGAUUGCAAUGAGUGGCUAAUUGGAGAGAUGGAUGAGGAAGAAGGUGAAGAUGAGAGGGUUCAUGAAGGAGAUGAUGACCUUACUUGGAGACAAGUUUAUCAAGCUUCAGGACUUGAUGAGCCUAGACAAUACACUAGGCGUCACAAAAGGAGAGGAGCAAGUGGGGAGGAGCAAGUAGGAACAUCUACUAAUCCUUCUAAAAGAGCCAAAGGAUUAGCUUCAAAGAAUAAGGGGAAAAGGGUUGAAGAAGUUGAGACAUCAGAGGAUUCUAGCUCUAGCAGUGAGGAGGAGGAACCAAAUGCUAAUCUCAUACAUUCAGAUGGAGAAGAAGCUGAAGGAUUUUUGAAUGAAAAACAUCAUCAUGUAGAAAUUAAUUAUGCAGACAUUGAUGAGGAUGAAGAGUGAAGGGGAUUAAACAAAAUAGUUUUAGGAAUGACAAUUGUGUUUUGCUAUUUUUUAACAUUGUUGCUUUGUUUUGAUGGCUGUUUUUGUUUAUGUUUAUGUUUCUUAAUGUGGCUGUGU